UACUUUAACAAAAUUCCAUUGAAAGGAAUUGGAGGCGGCCUGUUGUGCAGUUUUUUAAAGAGAGUUAUUUUACUAAUAUUAUCAAUUGAAUGUUUAUACUUUUAUUCUAGGGCUCUAGAGCAGAGAAAUAAACAUGGUGGCAACCAAAAGGCUGUACACAAGAGCCGUCUUCACUGGCUUCAAGCGAGGUCUUCGUAAUCAGUAUGAACAUACCGCCCUCUUGAAGAUUGAGGGUGUGGAGGGUCGCCGAGAAACUGAAUUCUACAUGGGCAAGAGGUGUGCAUAUGUUUACAAAGCAAAAAAUAAGACAAGGACACCUGGUGCAGAUAAACCAAACAACACUAGAGUGAUCUGGGGCAAGAUUACCAGGCCCCAUGGCAAAAGUGGUGCAGUCCGAGCUAAAUUUAGACGAAAUCUCCCAGCCAAAGCCAUAGGCAAACGUAUUCGAGUGAUGCUGUACCCAUCAAGGAUCUAGCUUGUGGAUUUAUAUAUGAAAUCUAAGAACUGUUGACAGAGAAUCACUAUUCUUGAGGAAAAAAAAAAUAAACAGCUUUGUGAAUUACUGUAUACUAUUAAAUGACACCUCACAAAUGAA